AUGUCCUCAGCUUCCACCUUCAGCCAGACAACUGAGGCCGAUUUCGACCUAUACGCGUACUGCGACCCUCCGCCUUGCCAUCUGAUUCCCAGCUCGCACAUCAGGAACGGGCUCCGCCACCCGUUCACAGAGGGACUUGGAUGCCAACACUGGCGAGAUGCGUCUCUCGAGGCUCGGCGCGGCAUUUGCUCCACACCCAAGACCCCCAACGAUGCGGAACCCCUGGUCGCUUGUGGUUGGCUGGCUGGCCAGUUGAAGACAACGCAAAAUGCUUCGUAG